AUGGCUGGCAUGUUUCCGUUUAAACACCCUUUCUGGUCAGGCAGCGAUUACUGGGACUGGCCAGCGAGCAGUCGCAUCUUCGACCAGCAGUUCGCGCUGGAGCCAGUUCGCGACCUGCUCAGAGACCCGUUCUUCGACAUGAGCACACAUUUCUCGCCGUACUGGAUGCGUCCUCGUCGUGUCGACCGCAUCCCUUCGUCGCCGGAUGACAUCAAAGGCGUUUCUGAGGUGAAGAACGAGCCCCAGAAGUUUACCGUCAACAUGGACGUGUCGCAGUUUCUGCCAGAGGAGCUUAAAAUCAAAACUGUUGACAACAUGGUGGUGAUCGACGGCAAACAUGACGAGAAGAUGGAUGAGCACGGCUUCAUCAGCCGAUCGUUCACCAGGAAGUACAUUUUGCCGAAGGAGGUGGACCCGGAAACCGUUGUGUCCAGAUUGAGUCCAAAAGGUGUGCUGACCAUCGAAGCACCAAAGAAGGCCAUCGCUGACAAACCUACGGAAAGAACCGUUCCAAUUCACGUUUCCUCUCAGCCCGCCGUCGAAGCGAAGGAUCAGUAA